AUGAGUGAUUCGACAAUUACUAUGGAAAAAAAUUCAAAUAAAAAUGAUCGAAAUGAACAAAGAACGACUAUGACAUCAACCAGUCAUAAAAGAUGUAUUGAACUUGCUAAUUCUUUCAAUACCGAAACUGCAACGAAAAAUACUGGAAAACGCACGAAAAAUACAGAUGUCUCAAUGGGAAGCACUAACGAUAAAAAUGAUGAAUCUGUUGCCCGAUCGUAUAAUGAUGAAUUCGAGGAAGAUAUAGACGAUGUUAAUAAAAAUACAUACAACGAUGAACCAUCACCUCAAUUAAACAACUAUGAUGAAGAUAGUCUUGAAGGAAAAUAUCAUGAAAAUGAAGGUUCUCAAGAAGAACCAUCAUCACAACAGACAAAUGAUAGUUUUGAUAUUGAUAAGGUAGAUGAAGAAGAUGAUGGAACGUUUCAAGGAGUUCCACUAUCAGAAAUUCCAAAUAUAUGUCAACAACCACCAACUAUAUCUGAUAUGAAAGAUAUUCGUGAUCGUAAUCAUAUAUUUCUAAUAAAACCAUUUAAAUACGAUCCAACUGAUCCUGAUCGUGAACCUGAACCAUUAUAUGAGAAUGGCACUUAUGUUGAUGAAUGGGAUCAAGAUAAUGUUCGUUUACCUUGUUCACAAUUUUAUAUCACUAAAAAUGGUACGCAGCGAUGGUCAAUAAUUCAAGGAUCAUUAACUAAACUUCAACAUUUAGCAGAAACCCACAUGGCAACAAUGGAAGAUAUCAAAGAAACUAUCGAAGAAUGUGCUGGACGAAAAUAUGAAUUCAAUUGUCUUGAACGACUUCUUAAUGAGGUUUAUUCAGCUGAUGAACGUGCUCGUUUUAUGUCAACUGUUUUAUCGAAUAUUUGUAGUUUGGCAUUAAAUGUGGAUAAAAUUUGUAGUCGACCACCACCAUUAUUACGCAUUGGAUCCAAUCGUACAGUAACAAUGUCACAAAAACAAGCAGCUUCAUUAUUAGCUUGUGCAUUUUUUUGUUUAUUUCCUCGACGUUUUAAUCAGAAAGUAGGCAGUGAAUAUGAGAAUUAUCAGAAUCCAAAUUUUAAUACAUUAUUUCAAGGUGGUAGAACAGGUGGAUCUACAUGGAAAAUUGAAAAACUGAAAUGUAUUUUUCAUUAUUUUUAUCGUAUUACUGAGAAGAUACCGAAUGGUGUUAUUUCUUUCCGACGUUACCAAUUACCAGAUAGUUGUUUACCGAAAUGGUCAGAAUCUAAAGAACCAUUAUGUAAAAUUCAUAUAACGAAAAAUAAAACUAUUGAAGAUAUAGUUGGUCUUUUACAAGUUGAUUUUGCUAACAAAUAUAUUGGCGGAGGCGUAAUGGGUGAUGGUUGUGUCCAAGAAGAAAUACGUUUUGUUAUUUGUCCUGAAAUGCUUAUUAGUUUACUUCUAUGUGAAGUAAUUCAACCAAAUGAAGGUGUUUUUCUUAUUGGUUGUGAACGUUUUUCAUCAUAUCAAGGUUAUUCAAGAACAUUUCAAUUUAAAGAAAAUUAUAUCGAUCAAACUCCAAAAGAUUCUUGGGGUCGAAAAUUAUGUCAUGUUGUUGCGAUGGAUGCUAUCGCUUUUCAUAAUCGAUCAACACAAUAUACAAUAAAAAACAUGAAAAGAGAAUUAAUUAAAGCUUAUACAUGUUUUCGUGUUCCAGCAGCAGUAACUGAUCAAAAAUCAGGUGUUGCUACGGGUAAUUGGGGUUGUGGUGCAUUUAAUGGAAAUAAACAAUUGAAAGCAAUGAUACAAUUAAUUGCUGCUUCACAAGCUGGACGUCCACUUGUUUAUUUAACAUUUCGUGAUCAAAAUUUAGUCAUGUCAUUCCAUAAAGAUGAAACUUUAAAUAUAAUUGAACAAUGGAGAAAACGAUUAGAAUUGAAAUAUAAAUUAAUUAUUCAUGGACAUGAAGAUGACGAAGCUCGUGGUGUGGGUUACGGGAAAAAUCGAGCUGUUCAAUAUUCAUCAGGUCGAUUUUUAUGUUUUCAAGAUGCUGAUGAUCUUAUGUGUCCAAAUCGAAUUCAUAAACAAUAUCAUGUAGCUAUCAAUGAAAAAGAUGAUGCAAUAUUGAUCGGAUCGAAAUAUGAACGAAUUCCAGAAGGAUCAACUGAUCGAUAUACACAAUGGGCGAAUAAUUUAACGGAAGAACAACUUUAUACACAAAUAUAUUUGGCACAUGGACCAACUCUUAUUAUGCCAACUUGGUUUUGUUCAAGAUCUUGGUUCGAUCGGUUAGGUGGCUUUGAUGAAAUUGCUAAAGGUCAUUGUGAAGAUUUAACAUUCUUUUUUAAACAUCUUCGUAAUGGUAAAGUAUUUUAUUUGAAACAUCUUGAUCGUAAACAAAAACUUUUCUUUUGUCUUUUUAUGGGCGGUCGAUUAUAUCGAGUCAAUGAAAUUCUUCUUUAUUAUCGAUACCAUCCAGAAGCAACAACGUUUUCCGUACAUGAAGAUGUUAUAUGGUCAGUACGUAUUCAAGAAAUUCAAUUAAAUAUAAUUAAUAAUCUUGAAGGUUUGACUAUUUGGAAUGCAGGAAAACAGGGAAGAAAAUUUUAUCGAUCAUUAAAUGAUACAAAUAAACAAAAGGUUAUUUGUUUUUGUGAUAUGGAUCAAAAAAAAAUUUCAAAAGGAUUUUAUACGGAUGAAUUAUCUAAAGAGAAACGUCGUAUUCCAGUUAUUCAUUUUAUACAAGCCAUUCCUCCAAUUAUUAUUUGUGUCAAACUUGGUUUAACAAAUAAUGAUUUUGAAACAAAUCUUGCUUCAAUGAAUCUACGUGAAGGCAUAGAUUAUUGGCUUUUUAGUUGA